AUGCCUGAGUCUGCACCCCUUCGGAUCACUAGGGAUGUGUGCUUAAUUCUGUCAAUGGUCUGUGGUGCCGAUGUGCAGCACACGCUCAAGCUAGAUCUGCACGAGGUUCUAUCGAAUUUCUACCUAAUCAGUAAGUGCUCUGAUGAGGACUUGAAAACCAUCGCAGUUUAUGCAUGUACUUUGUUACUACGGCUUCAGAAGAUCUCUAGGCAUGUUACAGUGCGCAAUGUAAAGAAGCUUUUCAUCGUCAGCCUCAUGUUUGCGUGCAAUAUGCUCUCGGAUCUAGAGCUACCUUUCUCUGUGUGGCCAGCGUUCUCCCGCUGUCUUGAUGAGUCUAGUACCGUAAGAGAAAUGUGUGUUUGGUAUCUGAAAAGCAUCCAUUGGAAUUUGCACGUCAGGAGCGAUCUAUACAACUCCAUGCUGGGCUUGGUAUCACUACAGCCCGAGGCAGAGCCUCUCACAACCCCUCGGAUAAUAGACUCUACUAAUAAUUGA